CGUUAUAUAUCCUUCAUCAUAUAACGUUAUAGUACAACUAUUAUACGGUGUUGUUAUGUAUGUUUUUGCUGCCUUGAUUUCUUUCGUCUCCUACAUUAAAGCCGGUAUUGCUGUUGCUAGCACAGAUCAGUACGUUGUUGUGCCACAACAGAUGUUACUAGGCUGGAGUCAGGAGUUAGAGAACACUAAUCGCAUCCAAUGUUUAUUGACUUGCUCAAGGAAAAUUUACUGUUUUUCGGUGAAUUACAAUCGCCAGAAUAGAAUUUGUCAGGUAAACAAGCAAACACGAGAAGAUGCAUCCGCUGGACAUUUCUUAGUAGACAUCUCAUAUGAUUACAUGGAAAAGGUAAUCGAUGGUAAUUUAAAGAAACAUGGCGUAUAUUUCAAGGCAGUCGAUGACGAUUAUGAAGCUGCUGCCGAAUUUUGCAUUAAUCAUUUAGGCUCCAUUGCUUUUUACGAACAGUUAUACGACGCGUUUCAACCGACUCUGAACAACUGCGAAGAGGGCUGGCUUGUUGGUGGUGAGAUUGCAUUCACGGAACUCACAGACGCCUGCACAUUAAAACCACCAGAACAACGUAGCAAUGUGUUUCCUUGUAAAGCAUAUCAGAGUGGGGUUUAUUGUCAGAAAGAAUAUAACCCAUCGGCAGAUACGUUCGACUAUUUACCAAAAACCCAACGAAUCAUUCGACUGACAGAUAGUAACUCGAAGAAGUUGAAUGCAGACGAAGCUGAGACAUGUUGCAAUACUGAAUUCAAUGGUCAUCUAGCAACACCUCUUGACGUUUAUAAUAACUCUUUGACACUAGGAGUUAAUCUUUGCUCAAUUGGAUGGCUCUCGGAGAUGUUAGCAGGGAAUCCAUGUAAUGGACAUUCACUUCCUGACUUUUGGCAUUAUCCGGCAGGUAAUAAUAUUCGCUUCGAGCCACUGACAGAUGAAUAUUCAGCAUUUUGUUUCGUUCCUCUGCCAAACCAGCCUUUAACUUACAAUGACCCUUUCCCUUCUCAUCGUGUCAUGAAUGGAGAUGGAGAAAGUCGUUACACUUUAAACUACUACGAUGCUGAAGUUUUUUGCAAUACUCGCGGCGGUAGAAUGGCAACGAGAGCAGAAUUAGAGUUCGCACAGCAAUCAGGAUAUGACUGUUGUCAGGCUGGCUGGGUCACAAGUGGGGAAGUCAUUUACCCUACUACACAACUAAGACCUGGGUGUGGUUCUUCAACCGUUAAUACUUGGGGUUACAAGGACAGGAGUACAGAAUCUUUCUCGACCUACUGUUAUAUGCCGUAAAAAUUGAAAUAAUAUUUCAGUCUUUAGUUGAAUAUUCGCAUUGUAGUAUAAGAGAAGCCAAAGUCAGGUAGCGAUACUCCAGCCAUCAUAGGUUAGGAUGACAAGGAUGUGAGUGAUUACUCUUUAUCCAGGGCGGA